UUCAGCAACUACAUCAGUCUAAGGAGCUCUGUGUUUGUGGAGAGAGAGAGAGAGUUUACUGUGUCUUUCAAACUACUGGGAGCUUGACGGGAAUAUUUGAUGAGAAAGGAAAAAGGUGCCCUGGAUUUAUUUUCUUGCUCAUUUCUUAUUCUUUAGAAUAUUAUUGUCUGAAGUUUGUGCUGCAGAAUAUCUUGGAAAAAAAUAACCCAGGCAUACUGGUUGGAGACAAGGAGUUUUCUCUUUAAAAAUUCACACACCUCCGGCAAGUGAACCUGAUUAAAAUUCCAAGACUCUCAUCAUGAAGUCAAGAACAACAAUUGCAACAAUAUUUGCUCUGUUGCUGACUUGUAUCUAUGCCACCAAAGAAGCCACGAAGAAGAAAAAGUCCAAACUAUAUGUUCCUCAGAUCGACUGUGACAUCAAAGCUGCAAAGAUCAUCAACCCUGAAUUUAUCGCUAAGUGUCCCUCUGGGUGCCAGGAUGUCAAAUAUCGUGUCUACGGCACCGAUAUCUAUGCUUCUUUUUCCAGUAUAUGUGGCGCUGCUAUUCACAGUGGUACAAUUGACAAGUCUGGAGGGAAAAUCCUGGUUCAAAAGGUUGCUGGACAAUCUGGCUACAAGGGUAGUUUCUCCAAUGGCAUCCGAUCGUUGUCUUUACCACGGUGGCGGGAGUCCUUCAUUGUUUCAGAGGGCAAACCCAAAAAAGGUGUGCAGUACCCAUCAACACUUGAAUAUUCAUCUUCCUCAAACACACCUGUUAAAGGAGGUUCCCAACGGAAAGAGUAUCGGACAACUGCAGUGCCACUACAAACUACACAAGGUGCAUUUACAACAGCAAAAGCGGCUAUCAGGACAACCGAAUUGGUCAGCACAACUCCAAAGCCAGCAACAAUCCCAACUACAGUCACGACAACCAUCACUAUCCAGGCAACUACUGGUGUAGCUACAAAGCCUCCAGUUGCGAUUCACAAGGUCAGAGACAUAGGUUCUAGCAACGUCCAUCCAGCUUACUCCUCAGUAGCAGCUGUAGCAUCAAGGCAGGUUCAAGCUGUACAAGGAAGAACCCAGAAUCAAGCAUUCAGAGGCAGUUCCAGCCAUGCAAGUAACAGAAAUAUCGCUCGACCUAAUACAGGUCUUCAACGGCAAGAGCCAAUUGUCUCAUUCCGGAAGCCUUCCACCUCUCCUGCCAAUCUGGCUAUAGAAACAGACUUGUGGAAACUGGGAUCAAGCCUUUUUGACACAGGUUUCAGUUCCAAGGAAGACGUGGUCCCCAAACCCCUGGAACCAGUUUCACAGGGAAACCCAAAUUGCAAAGUUGAUUUAUCCUUCUUGAUAGAUGGCAGCUGGAGCAUUGGCAAGCGCCGCUUUCAGAUCCAAAAACAGUUCCUCAAAAAUGUUGCUCAAGCCCUGGAUGUGGGCCCAGCUGGUCCUCUUAUGGGCAUCAUCCAGUAUGGUGAUGACCCUUCAACUGAAUUUAACUUGAAGACCUAUACAAACUCUAAGGAUCUGCAAAAUGCCAUAGAGAAAAUACUACAGAAAGGAGGAUUGUCCAAUGUUGGGAGAGCGCUGUCCUUUGUUAACAAAAACUUCUUUGAGGAUGCUAAUGGGAACAGAGGUAGUGCACCCAACGUUGCUAUAGUGAUGGUGGAUGGGUGGCCUACAGAUAAAGUGGAAGAGGCCUCUCGGCUGGCAAGGGAAUCCGGCAUCAACAUUUUCUUUGUCACCAUUGAAGGACCAGAUGAAAAUGAAAAGCAGAAUGUUAUUGAAACAAACUUUGUGGACAAGGCUGUGUGCAGGACCAAUGGGUACUAUUCCAUCAAUGUGCCCAGUUGGUUCAGCUUACACAAAGUAGUGCAGCAGUUAGUGAAGCGAGUCUGUGACUCUGAUCGCCUGGCAUGCAGCAAGACCUGUCUGAAUGCAGCGGAUAUUGGAUUUGUCAUUGACGGGUCCAGCAGCGUUGGCACUGGCAACUUCCGCACCCUCCUCCAGUUUGUCGCUAACAUCAGCAAGGAAUUCGAGAUUUCCGAUACAGACACCCGUAUUGGAGCUGUGCAGUACACCUACGAACAGAGGCUGGAGUUUGGCUUCGACAAGCACAGAACGAAGCAGGAUGUCCUAAACGCCAUCAAGAGAAUCAACUAUUGGAGCGGAGGAACCAGCACCGGAGCAGCCAUCAACUAUGCCUUUGAACAGCUCUUCAGCAAAUCCAAACCAAACAAGAGGAAGAUAAUGAUUCUUAUUACAGAUGGCAGAUCAUACGAUGAUGUCCGGGGGCCGGCUGCAGCGGCACAUCAGAAUGGAGUCAUAGCCUAUUCAGUCGGAAUUGCAUGGGCUGCCCAAGAUGAGCUGGAAGCCAUUGCUACUGACCCCGACAAAGAACACUCCUUCUUUGUGGACGAGUUUGACAGCCUCUACAGAUUUGUUCCUAGGAUCAUCCAGAAUAUUUGUACCGAGUUUAAUUCGCAACCACGGAACUGAAAUCAGCAGCAGGCUCCAGGAAACACUGCAUCACUACAUGAGAAAAUGUUUGGCAAGCAAUGUCAGCCAGGAGGCUUAAAGGCAUCUGUGGCUAAGAGCCAAUGUCAGCUCUAUUCUCCAUGCAUGGCAAUAAUGGGUGUAGACUGAUCAAUCUCCUUCCCCCCACCCUUGCUGGUUUCAAAACUGAUUCAGUAGAGGAGCUGGCUACAGUCCUUGGUUAGAUAAUUCACUUGACUCAAAUCUAUAGUUUGGAGUUAACUUCCACAUAGAAUAGGAGACUAAUAGGUCUAAGGCUGUAACCCAGAUGCACUGGACUUAGUGGGCAUGCCAGAGAUGGCAUUUGUUGGGUACCACCCCAUUUCAACUCUCCAGUGAUGCAGAAUGGCUAACCAACAGCUGGCUUUAAAAUAUUACAUGGCGCUUUGGAACCCGGCCUUUAAUUAAGAGUUGUUGGCAGACACAUGAGGACAGGAAGCAAGCAAAGGACAAGAGACUACAACAAGCAGGGCAGAUCAGGAUUUGGUUCGGGGGGGGGGGGGGAUCAGUAUCAACAAAGAUGGAGUGUGGCACUCACACCAGCUGUCCACAAUUGCUUUGUUGGGCAUAAUAGCACAAGUGUUGAAAGAAUAGUUUGGGGAAAAUUGAAGCUUACAGAUUGCUUAAUUACACAUCACAGAACGUUCAACUGAAGUUAGUUGCAAUGAAGACCAGGCAAACAGAGUCUGUAACCUGGCACCAAAAGAGCAAGGCAGUAAAUUAUAUAUAUGGUU